AUGUUUGAAGAACCUCUUCUUUUUAUUUACACCAAACAUCCCUUUCAAUUCCUAGAUCCUCAAAGCUCGGACGAAGAAUCACCCGUCCCGGAUGCGGAUUCGUGUACCGGCAAAGAGUUAAUCAAAUUGUUUCAGCAAGAAAUAUCACCGUCGUCGGAAAUUGCUGCCUCACUAAAGCGUACUUGUGGGCUACACCUUUCCCAAUCUUGCCAAUACGACACACUGGCCGUUGGUUUGUCACGCAAAGAGUUACAACUUUACCGGGUGCGGGAGAGUGGUGAACUUGCGCUUGAAAAUGGAUCGCUGGGACGGUUUCAAAGCGGAAUCCGUGGCGUAAAGUUCUUCAAUGGAGAUCCGAACAGUUUGGUGUGCUGUACGGAGGAUGGCGAUGUGCAUCUGUACGAUGUACGAAACGGUUCCGAGGUGCAUCGUUUCGAAGAUACUUCCGAGGGUUUGAAAAAGACCAUCUCGUCGUGCGAUAUUAAUCAAAACGAUCGUGUGCUCUGUGCUUCGAGUGAGGUACAGAAAAAUGGCGAUAGUUUUCUGCUAUUUUUCGACAUACGCCAACGAUCAUACCUUGGUUGUUACUGGGAGUGUCACAGUGACGAUAUAACGCACGUUCGUUUUCAUCCAACCAAUCCGGAUCUGUUUGCCAGUGCCAGUGUGGAUGGGUUGAUCAAUGUGUUCGACAUUUCGAAACUAACCGAAGACGAUGCGAUGCAAUACUGCUACAACGUGGAAACGGCAGUCGAUUCCAUUAACUGGCACACCGACCCAACAGGACGGGAUCUAAUAUCGUGUGUAACAACCACAAACGAUCUGCAUCUGUACGAUGUAAAAAGUCAGGACAGCGUGGCACUGUUUAACCGAGAAAAGAUAACCGAAGCGAUGCGUCGUACUUCGGUGAUUGAUUGUAACGUGGUCGGGACGCACAAUUGCGGCAACGGGAACUUUUUUGUACUGGCAGGAUCCAACUUUAACAAAGGCAAAGAUUGUUUACGGACGCUAAGGUACGACAACAAGUGCUUGCUUCCCGAUCGAUCGUUUACCAACAGCAAACAGAUUGUUCGCGCCAGUGUCUACAACGAAAAGGACCAGUAUCUGAUUGCAACGGGUGAAGGUGGUUUGAUUACGCUCUGGAAGUGUCGGACGGAUGGCGACGGGUCGGACAGUACAACCACCGCGGGUAUCAUCAAUAGCGCCAGUAAUAGUCUGAAGCAAAAGCUGCACGUUAGUCACCGUGCGAAACCGUACUAA